AGGAUGGGCUGGGAGCUACUUCGCCGUGCCAGCAGACCCGCGGCCAGCAGCUGCAGAGGCUGGAGGAGCGCCUGCGCACUGCAGGGGCGCCAGAUUUGGCGGGAGGGGGAGUGUCCAAAAAAGCCCUUUGUUUGAUGGCAUCUGUUUACAGAGUUUACUCUUUCAUCUCAACCUGUUUCCUCCUCCCCUCUCCUGCUCCUGAGAACUUUACGGCGGAGCAGCUCUUCUUAAGAGGCAAGAAACGCCAAGCACCUCUUGCAGCGGCAUAAAGCCCUCUCCUCCCCCGCCCGCCCACCCAGUUUUCGCCUUUCCCCCAGUGACUAAUGCAAGGAUGGCAAGGAGACCUAGGCACAGCAUCUACAGUAGUGAUGAGGAGGAUGAAGAUCUCGAGGUUUACGAUCAUGACUAUGAUGGUCUGUUGGCCAAGGGUGGAAAACGUCAUUUAGGAAAAACCAGGUGGACCCGGGAAGAGGAUGAGAAGCUAAAGCAACUUGUGGAGCAGAAUGGCACAGAAGAUUGGAAAGUUAUUGCCAAUUUCCUUCCUAAUCGGACAGAUGUGCAGUGUCAGCAUCGGUGGCAAAAAGUGCUAAAUCCAGAACUUAUCAAGGGCCCAUGGACAAAAGAAGAAGAUCAACGGGUGAUAGAGCUCGUGCAGAAAUAUGGCCCCAAGCGCUGGUCUGUCAUCGCCAAACAUUUGAAAGGAAGGAUCGGGAAACAAUGCAGGGAGCGGUGGCAUAACCACUUGAAUCCAGAAGUUAAAAAAACCUCAUGGACUGAAGAAGAAGAUAGAAUAAUUUACCAGGCGCACAAGAGACUGGGAAACAGAUGGGCAGAAAUUGCAAAGUUGCUGCCUGGACGAACUGAUAAUGCUAUCAAGAACCACUGGAAUUCUACAAUGCGUCGAAAGGUUGAACAAGAAGGCUAUCUUCAAGAGUCAUCCAAAGCCAGCCAGUCUUCAGUAGCUGCCAGUUUUCAAAAGAGUAACCAUUUAAUGGGCUAUACCCCCACUCCGCCUUCAGUGCAGCUACCAACAACCACUCAAAACACACCUACCAAUGACUACUCCUAUUAUAUUUCAGAGACGCAAAAUGUCGCUGCUCAGAUCCCAUAUCCAGUAGCACUGCAUGUAAAUAUUGUUAAUGUUCCUCAGCCAGCUGCUGCAGCUAUUCAGAGACACUAUAAUGAUGAAGAUCCUGAGAAAGAAAAGCGAAUAAAGGAAUUAGAGUUGCUACUAAUGUCGACUGAGAAUGAACUGAAAGGGCAGCAGGCAUUACCAACCCAGAACCACUCAUCUGGUUACCCAGGAUGGCACAGCACCUCAGCUGUUGACAAUCCCAGAAGUAGUGGUAACAGUUUACCCAUUUCCUCUUCGGGGGAGCAUCAUCAUUAUACUCCAUCACCACCCAUGGAUGAUGGCAACUUGCCUGAAGAAAGUGCCUCUCCUGCAAGGUGCAUGAUCGUCCACCAGAGUAACUUCUUGGAUAAUGUUAAGAAUCUCUUAGAAUUUGCAGAAACGCUUCAGCUAAUAGAUUCCGAUCCUUCAUCAUGGGGUGAUCUCAGCAGUUUUGAGUUCUCAGAAGAAACAGAUACUUCACCUGGCCGAGUUUCCUCAGGCAAAGCCCCACAGCUUCCGCAAUCAGAGGCCAGUGCAUAUAGGCCCGAAGGACAGCCUCUCUCAAACUGGAGCAAAACUAUGUUGAGUCAGGAGUGCCUUGGCUUGCCAAAGUCCUUGACUGCCUCACAGUGGGCCACAGCUCCGCUGGUCAUUCUUCGAACCAAGAGGCUGCAGGCCAGCCACUUAGCUAGUGGCCAUAAUAAGUCCUUCCUAUUUGCUGAUGCCAGCAGUUCACCACCUAAGCGUUCCCCUGUCAAAAGCCUGCCAUUCUCUCCCUCGCAGUUCUUGAACACCUCAUCCAGCCAAGAAAGUCUAGACUUAACCACUCCUACUCUAACUUCCACUCCGUUUUGUACUCAUAAAGUCACAGUUACAACACCACUUUACAGAGAUCAAGCAUUUAAGGCACAGAAGGAAAAUAACAUAACACCAUCUAUCAAAAGAUCAAUAUUGGAUAGUUCUCCAAGAACACCUACUCCAUUUAAAAAUGCACUUGCAGCUCAAGAAUUCAAAUAUGGACCCUUAAAGAUGCUGCCUCAAACUCCAAGUCAUCUUGUGGACAAUCUGCAGGAUGUUAUCAAACAAGAGUCUGAUGAAUCUGGCAUUGUCUCUGGCCUACAUGAAAAUGGAUCCCCUUUGCUGAAGAAAAUCAAACAGGAGGUGGAGUCUCCGACAUGUAAAGUGGGAAAUUUCUUCUGCUCAAACCAUUGGGAAGGGGAAGGUCUGAACACACAGCUUUUCACAUAUACAUCAACUGUGGAAGAUGUGCCGAAUCUACUUACCAGCUCUGGUUUAAAGAUGCCUCCAUCAGAAGAAGAGGAGAAUGCCCAUAAAUUAUUUGCAUUGCAUAGAAAUAGAUCAUCAGGUAGCCCACUUCAGCAUUUUAGCAAUGCGUGGGAUUCAGCAUCUUGUGGAAAGUCAGAGGACCAGCUGACCUUCUCUGAUCCGGGGCGCAAAUACAUGAAUGCAUUCUCAACUCGAACUUUGGUCAUGUAAAUGGUCUUCCAGCUAGCAUUAUGUUUUCUUUUCAAAACACUUCCAGUUGAUUUAGGAUUUACCAUUCCCGUGUUAAAAAACCCCCUUUUUUUGUGAAUGGGAGAAAAGCCUUUUAUUGUUAUUGUUGUGGUGGUACAACAUUUGGGAGCAGCACAAAGUGCAUAUAGUCACAAAAGCAUAUAUCUAUUCAAGUUGGAUUUCACCCAACUUUAAAAAAGCCCUCUGUUUAUUAAUGAAGCUUGCCUAUGUUGUUAGGUAUUUGGUUUGAUGCAAUUAAUCAUAUGAAUGCAGCUUUAAAAAAACAAUAAUUUUUCAAAUGAUUUUUAAAAAUAUUGGAGAUCAAAUGCACCAGUAUUAAUUUAGUAUGGAGUUUCCAUACCAGUGAAAAGGUUUUGUAAAAAAAAUAAAAAAAAAUUUUUAUUUCUUUUAAGAGCUGGCACUUAUCAAGAGUUUAUUUUAAAUCAUCAAAUGAAUAUCUUGGCAUAAAAUUCUGCAAGAAAAGCAUUAGCAAUGCUCAUUUAAGAGAGGGGGUCAUAUCAAGAUGGCGGACACUCGCACGCCUGUGCCGUUUGAAGUACGGUUCCACUCAUUAGAGCUCUAGACUUGUUUAUACAUGUGUGUUCUGUGGACUUUUUCUUUAAAAAAUAGCUUGCUUUUAAAAAUUAUUACUGUAUGAAACAUAGUUUAUGAGAACAAAUUAUAUUUUUAUUCAAUAAUUUAAUUUUGUAAAUGCCAAAUGGAUACUGUGGGUUUGUUUUGUUCUGCUGCUACAGUCUUAUAGCAUGUAGAUGGGCUACUCUUCAGAAAAGGGCCAUCGAGGGGUACAAGAAAAAGAAAAACCUGGGGGCUAACUAACUUGACUAUGCACUAGCAUUUCUGAAAAAUGAUUUCAUUUCCUCACUUUUACAAGCAAUACUUUUGAAACACUGUUUUUUUGGGAGAUUUUAUGUACACGUCUGUAUGUAUUCUGACAGUUUUGCAAUAACAAAAGAUUGUAACUUCCAAACAGUUGGGAGAACAGAACUUGGCUUAUGUCUUCUGCUAUUGUCUACUGUUCAGUCUUCAUAUUUGGAUUCCAUGCGCAAAAUCCAUGUUUUUUUAAAAAAAGUGGUCUUUUGGACUGCCGUCUCCAACCUUCACCAAUUCUAAGGGAAGGUCGCUUCCUAUUCUCACUCUGCUGCCUUAAUGAAUAGAAUUAGGUGCAGCCCUGGUCUGCACCUAACUUUUUUUAUAAUACACUGUACUGCCUUGUAGAUAAAUAAAGUGUGUCAUUUUGUAAAAAAUUA